CCCACUCACCUGAGCGACACCUGGUUCCGCCAGGAGACGCGCUCCAGUCUUCAGAUUGAGUUCCAAUCUGUGUGCAUGUUCCCAUCACCUUCAAUCGCUCUCUCGCCGCCUGUCGGCCACAUCGACAUUUACCAUGCCGAGCGAUCUGGAAGGGGCAAUGUCAAUUGAGCCAAAGCGGGACCACGCCCUGCUGAGUGCAGACCCGCUCUUUUCAUGGCCCGCCGCCGUCUUCGCCUGGCUCGCCUCAAUCCGGGGCCACACCCUCAUCCGGCUGCUCUCACCAUGGCCGAAAUCUGGGAGUAGUCAACCCGAAAAGCUGAGACCGACGGCGUAUCUGGACGGCCUCCGAGGCUUCGCCGCCUUUCUCGUCUACUGGCACCAUCACGAGCUCUGGGCCCAUGUGCCGCUCCAGACCAUGUUCUUUGAGUCGAGCUUCGGAUACAACGGCUUCCACUUUUUUGUCGCCCUCCCCGGGAUCCGCAACUUCUUCCACGGUGGUCACUUCGCAGUCGCGACUUUUUUUGUCAUUUCGGGAUACGUCCUUUCAGCCAAGCCCAUGAGCCUCAUCCACGCUGGCGAGCAGGCAAAGCUCGCAGACAACCUGGGGUCGGCCCUCUUCAGGCGAUGGCUCAGACUCUAUAUCCCAGUCAUCGCCACGACUUUUAUCUACAUGACCAUGGUGCAUUGCUUCGGCAUCUGGAUUGAAGGUCGCACCACGCACGCCACCUACUUUGAGGAGUUUUGCGCUUGGUUUUCAGAGCUCAAGAAUUUCAGCUUCAUCUUCCACCAAGGCCUCAUCAGCUGGCUUACCUACAACUUCCAUCUCUGGUCGAUCCCCACCGAAUUCAAGGGGUCCAUCGUCAUCUACACGUCGCUUCUCGCCUUCUCGAGAUGCAGCAGAAAUAUCCGCCUUUGGUGUGAGGCCGGCCUCGUGUUUUACUUUCUGUACAUUGUCGACGCGUGGUACUGCGCCUUAUUCACGGCGGGCAUGUUGCUUGGUGACCUGGAGCAGCUCGCGGCCAGGGACGAGCUUCCAGCCUUUAUCGCUCAAUUCCGGCCGUAUAAGACCUUCAUCUUUUACCACUUGUUUGCUUUCGCCAUGUACCUGGGUGGAUGUCCCGCCAACAGGUCUGAGGUCGAGGAGCUGCGGAAGAACCCCGGAUGGUAUUGGUUAUCCUUCCUCAAGCCGCGGGUCAUGCAUGACUCGAAGUGGUUCUUUCUAUUCUGGGCGGCCGUGUUCCUUGUUUCAUCUACUCCCCACAUUCCGUGGUUGAAGAGGUUCUUCGAGACGCGCUUCUGCCAGUACUUGGGGCGCGUGUCAUUUUCUCUCUAUCUGGUCCAUGGCCCAGUGCUCUGGACCCUGGGCGACAGGCUUUACGCAGCGGUGGGGUGGCCAAAGGAGUCGCGGACGGCCAACAUCCCGCAAUGGGUGGACAUAUUCAAGCUGCCAAUGACGGGACCCAUGGGCUUGGAGGUGGCCUUCCUGGUCCCGCACCUGAUCCUCCUUCCAGUUACCUUCUACGUGGCUGAAGUUGUUACGAGGGCGUUUGAUGAGCCUAGUGUCAGGUUCCCGCAGUGGCUAUACAAGAUGGCUUCGGAGAGGCCGGCAAGGUUACCAGCAUGAGAUUUGAUCUCCAUCAUAGUUUCUUCUCAGGCACAUCAUCUUUGUAAUUUUGUAUAGAACUAUUCCAAGCUUCAGAUUAUAUUCUCACGGCGAUUCAUGGGGAUCUACGUUGUGAUGUCCUACAACCCAAUGCUGAUAGGCAGACCGCCGAAGGGGAGCCUUAAAGUUGCCUAGUUACACACUAGUAGUCUGUUGACUCGAACUCAAAUCGGCCAGAGCUGAAGUAAUACCGGGUCAUUUGAAGUAUUGCCUCCCGCGUUUCGACCAAACUCAUUGGCUUUGGAU